AUGGGCGGUGCCGCCGAAUUCCCAGAUAGAGCUUCCUCCCCGUUAAAACGACGCGCCUCCAGUAUGGAACCUGAUAUUGCAGACCAAGAUGCAACUGAAGAUGUCGAUAUGAUUACGGCGCCACCGUCCGAUGCUCCGGACACAUCUAAACCCGAACAACUUAACGGUCACGUUGCAACCGAUGCAGGUCCCGCAGUAAAUGGCCAUGCCGAUGCGACGGUUGAGGAAAGUGUUGAGCCGAUGGACAUAUCACCAUCACGUCAACCACCGGAAUCUAUAGAGGCCCAUGUGAAAGCCAUUAGAGUAUUUGUGGAAGAGCAAAACACACGCCCACUUACGGAAGGCCAGGAGUGUUUCUUGGUCUCAAAAUUGUGGCUGGCUAACGUGCCGGACGAUUUAUCACCAAAACACACCAUCGAGGACUGGGCCUCGAUACCACCAGUAGAUAACUCGGAUAUCAUUCAAGAGGUUAUAGAUGAUCCUUGUGUUGGUAGUGGCGUGGUAGAUGUUCUAAAGAAAAGGUUCGUUCGGCUGAAACCGGGUUACGAUUCGGAACAAUUUGAACCUUUCCCUAAAGAUGCCUGGGAUCUUCUUAUUAAAUGGCCCGGGUUGAAAGAGGACCAAAUGCCUAUUCUCCGUUUGGCACAUGCUACAACAGACGAUGGCAAAAAUGUUAUGUGGGAAUGGCAUCCGCCUGUACUCGCUAUACAUCGACUCUGGUCUGCUAAUAAAGCGGACGCACUAGUCCAGUAUCCCAAGGAUAUCUCACACGUGGUAGAGCAAAAUCUGUGCGUCAGGAGCGUUGAGGAAUUAACAAAGUAUUUCCUUUCGGGAGAGUGGGAAUUAGAACUCAAUAAGGAAAAUGUCCUCUCUCACAAUGGCGAUGUGGCUGCUGCUUAUGCCCACUUACUGAAAGAAUUUUAUAAAGAUUCGUCGCCGGGUUCCGUCUCACCCCGCCAAUUUAAAACCACAAUCGGUCGAUACUCUACGGGAUUUUCGGGUUAUGGUCAGCAAGACUCACAAGAGUUUCUUGGAUUUUUGCUGGAUGGGUUGCAAGAAGAUCUUAGUCGGAUCAAGAAGAAGCCUUAUAUCGAGAAGCCGGACUCGACCGAUGAAAUGGUUAACGACCCUGCCGCAAUCCGAGAGAUGGCAGCUAAAGUAUGGGACAUUACCAAGAAACGUGAUGACUCCGUCAUAGGCGAUUUAUUCACUGGCUUAUACAAAUCGACACUAGUUUGCCCGGAAUGUCAGAAGGUUAGCAUUACAUUUGACCCGUUCAAUAAUCUGACCUUACCUCUCCCCGUGGAAAAUAAGUGGAGUCACACCGUCAGAUUCUUCCCCUUAAAUGAUCGGCCAAUCGACAUCAGGGUCGAGCUUGACAAGCAUGCCAGUAUCAAAUCUCUGAAGGAGUUCCUGUCUACCAAAACCGGCGUGCCGGCCGAACGUUUGUUUGGCGCAGAAGAAUGGAAGGGCAGGUUCUAUAAGUAUUAUACUGACGUCUCCUGCGCCUCGGAAGAGAUUGCACACAACGACAAUGCUUGGUUCUUCGAGCUGGAGGCUAAGCCUACAAACUAUGGUGCUAAGCCGCAUAAACAGCAGAAGUACGGAGUAGCAGUCAGAUCCAUGGUUGAGGAGGAGGAGCACAAUGCUUCAGCUUUGUGGACCGACGAGCAGGCUGAGAAACUGCUUGUCCCCGUCUUCCACCGGCGUCCAGCGCCUCCGAAAUCUAGUUUUCACCAGGAUAGAUGGGUACAGGCUUGCGCCCCUCAUUUUGUUAUCAUCACGCCCGAAGAAGCUAAGAGCGAGGAUGCCAUUCGCCGCAAGGUCCUAGAAAAGGUUGUAACAUUAACAACAAAAUUCAAUACGGAGGAUUCAGAGGGGUCUGAUAACACUGAUCUCGAUAUUGUAGGGACAAGCUCUGACACAGGUUCCUCUAAUGGAGGUAGGGUUGUUGCCCAAUCCGUUAAAGGCGAGGAUGACAUAGUUGACAUACAGAUGAAAGAUGGCGGAGUCCGAAGCAACCCUUCGGGCAAGCAGUUCUGUAACAAGAGGCCGGAUUGGAUAGAUUUAGAGGGGUUUCUCCCCCCUACUCAUCAGAAUUUGUUUGAUAUCUGCUACUACUCGGAAUCGGGAGCAUGGUUACCGACUGGCAUGAGCGGCAUCAACGACGACAGGCAAUAUCCGAAGCUCUCGGCCAGAGUUCUACCCGAGUGUUUAUCGGAAGACCAGUUCGAUAAUGCAACCAAUGGCACGGCCUCUAAUGAAGAGUCCAGUUCAGACGAAGCGCCGCGACGAAGUAUUGAUCAGUCCUACACACGCAUGCAAGACGAAAGCGACGACGAGGAUGCUAGCCCGAUUAUUAAGUCAAACCACCACCGUUCUAAGCAGAAUGGGCGGGCCAAAGGCAAAAACAAGCAACAGAAACAACAUAAAUCAUUCAAAAACCACAGCAAGGGGACCAAGAAGAAGCUACGUCAGCAGCAGCAACGCCAAUCAAAGGAGAAGCAUCACAGCAUAGAACUGGAAGAUUCAUUUAAUAUAGGCGAUCCUGUUCCCGAUGGAGGUCCCUUGAUCCGCCUCAAGGAAGCUCUCAUUAUUGACUGGUAUGAUGCUGCUUAUGAUCGCACCUUUACUGAUAGUAGCACACCAGCCAAUGACAACUCACUCGCAACAUGGAUUGUCUGCGAGACUCUACCAGACCCCGAGCUGGACAAAGCCCAAGCAGCUCGGACUAGGAGUCGUAAGAACGGCAUCUCUCUCGAGGCAUGUCUUGACGAGUUUGAGCGGGAAGAAAUCCUUUCUGAACAAGACAUGUGGUAUUGUCCUCGCUGCAAAGAGCACAGGCGUGCUAGCAAGAAAUUUGACUUAUGGAAAACUCCAGACAUUCUCGUCAUUCAUUUGAAGAGAUUUAGUUCUAGUGGUUUCAGAAGAGACAAAUUAGAAGUUUUGGUCGACUUCCCUCUUGAGAACCUGGACAUAACUUCUCGGGUUCUCCAAAAGGAAGAUGGGAAACAGGAAGUUUACGAUCUGAUCGGAGUUGACUGCCACUGGGGCGGCCUAGGAGGCGGUCACUACACUGCUCAUGCGAAGAACUUUGUAGAUGGCCACUGGUACACAUAUAAUGAUUCGUCGGUAUCGCGAGCGUCUCCUGAUAGAAUUGUCGACUCGUCUGCGUAUCUGCUAUUCUAUCGUCGACGAUCUGAAAUCCCCCUUGGUGGGCCUCGCUUCCAGCAAAUCUUGGAAAAGUUCCAAGAUGAUGGUUCCGACGGUGAACUCCCUGAUUCGGGGGAAGAUCAGCGUCUCGGCGGAGGCUUCUCCCAGACUGGGUCGUCGAGCGCGUUACAAGGAGCAGGAGCUACUCACCCGCGCGGAAGCACUGGUGGUAAAUCGACAAAUGGCUUUACCGUGAAUAACGCAAAUAGUAGCUGGGACAUCAAGACUAUCGACGAUGUCCUCGAGCAUCCCUCCGAAGAUGUCCACCGAAGCAUCGAAGAGGACGAGGGCAUAAGCUUAACCGAGGACACAGUACAACCAGCAGGUUUCCAACCGCUCACAAAUGGUAAUUCUUGGAGCUUUGACAACCUUGUGUCUAACGAUAUCGCGGAUAUUGAAAACCCUCCCUCGGAGAGUCCCCUUGACUCGGAUGCGGCCUCGGAUGCGGCACAACACGAUUCAUCUGGUGAUGAACGGGUGCUUAGUCCCCGUGAGAUGGAUUUCGAGCCAGACCACGAGCCAGAAUAUCCGGGGAUGUCGCAUUAUGAACUGUCACAACCCGAGACCAACCUGCCCUCGUAUAGCGAAAUUCCACCCCCUGACUACCGAGGUGAAAUGACCCAGGACGAUAUGCACCAGAUUUGGGAUCAGAAUAACACGAUCCACAAAGUUGCACCUGAGGGUGAGAAUGAUGCGGGUUCCGAAGACGCAGCGGAAAUCCACAUCGGUGAAGACGAUAAGAUUAAGCUCACCUAG